CCUUCUUUUUGCCCCUUCUGCACUCAUCUCCAUCUCCAUCUCCAUUGCUUCCCAUCUCCAUUGACUCCUCUGAUUCCUUCAAUUUUUCAAAUACAAUCCCACGCCACCGACUUAAUCCCCAGCACCCAUUAUUUUCACCCAAUUCUCCCGCUGCAAUUCGUCAUCUUCGUCGACGGUAACCCCUACUUCUUCGAAGGACAGAAUUAAGAUGAAUUCUUCUCCAAUUUCACAACAAAUAUCUCAAAAUGAAAUUGAUGGGAACAACUGCUUAGUCUUACAAGCAGUAAAUGACAACAAUGACAACUUCUUAAUUGUACAAAUGGAUGAUCUUAAGGGGUUAGAAGAGAUUUCUACUAGUACUGUUAUGGAAAUUGAAAGACCCAAAAUGUUGGGUGAAGAUGACAUUAUUGGUGGGAUGCCUCGUAAAGGCAAUGGUACAUCGAAUAUUACCCCACAAAAAUGUCAACAACAUUUGAGGAAAAAAAGGGAGAGCAACAUUGGUCGCAAGUGCAUGAUGGUCAUGCAACAAUUCUUAUUCAUGACUGCUUCAGAUGAAAAUUUUUACCAUGCCAUAGAGAUCGAUGAAAAUGGUGUUUGUAGGAGCUUGCUUUGGGCAUAUGGGAGAGCUAGGGAAAUUCAACCUUGUUUGGAUGCGCCCUCCUACCAGAUGAACAGGAAGAUAGCUUUGUGUGGUUAUUUGAGUAGUGGCUACAGUGCAUGGGGGGACACAUUUUUUGCUGGAAUGAGAUCAAGUCAACGAAGUGAGAGCAUUAAUUCAUUUUUUGAUGGUUAUGUGAACUUUAUGACAUCGUUAUCCGAGUUUGUUGGCCAAUAUGCUAAAGCUCUACAAUGUCAUCGUGAUGAAGAAGUGAAUGAAGACAUGUGGACAAUGAGAGCAAAGCCAAGUCUGUGUCACUUGCAUAAGUUAGAAGUUCGAGCUGGAAUGGUUUACACUAGAAAGAUAUUUGUUAAAUUUCAAAGUGAGUUCAAAGAUUCUUUAUAUUGUGUGCAUGAUGAAGUAGCUACUAAUGAUGGGAUGACCACAUAUGAUGUUAGUUAUGGGUUUGGGGGCAAGGUUGAUUCACACUCCGUACCAUGUGGUCCAUCCAAGGAGGAGUUUGCUUGUACUUGUGGGAAGUUUGAGACUAGUGUGCAUGACCAAGUAGUAAGUCAUGGCAAACUUUAUACUGUUGCUACAGUAGUGGUGGAAGAUUUGAAAAGGAAAUUAUAUAGUAUUAGAAAGGAGCUUGAAGGUUUGGUUACUGAACAAAGUGAGCAAGAUUUUGGUGCUCAAGCAAUAUCUCAAGAUUUAAUUUCAAGUAACAUAGAUAUUCGUGAUCCGGAAAGGUUUAGAACCAAGGGUCGACCAAAGGAACUUUCUAGGAUUCCUGUAGGAAAACAAGUGUCACAAAAUACAGCUCAUAUUAGAAGGUGGACUUGUAGCACAUGUGGUAUUAAAGGUCAUGAUUCUAGGACUUGUGGAAAGACAAAAGACAAGCAGCCUGCAGCCCCUUCUCUGCGCCGCCCCUCUUCUGCAACCAGAUCCUGCAACUGCAAAGAUAGAUCUUGCGCCUAUGUUGCAGCCAACUGAUGGCAGACCAGCGUCCUUUAGGUCUUCCUUUGAUUUUUGUAUAAAUAGGGGAGGAUUGGUGAGUUAAAGGGGGUUCGGAUUUUUCUCCUUCUGCGGUUCCUCUUCCUCUUGUCACUAAAAAAGAGAGAAGCAGAAGACAGAAAUCCGAAAGAAAGGGGGGGUCUUUGUUUUUUGGUGAGUUUGGUGUUGACGAAAAAAAAAGAAAGGAAAAAUUGUUCUGCUGGAAGAAUUGGGUCUGCUUUGUGUAGGUAAUUUCUUUGAACAGAGGAGUUCUUCCGGGGAGGCAGUGAGGGGAAUGAUCUGGGCUUGAUCCCGUGGGUGGGAUCCACCAGAUCGGACUCCGAUCUGUUACCCGGAAAGCUCCGCCGUGCUUGUUUCUUUGUCUUCCUGCUUCUGUGAUCUGCUUUUAUGUUAUUUAUGUUUGUAUUUGUUUACUGAAAAUCAAUGAAAAAUCAAAAAAAUGUCCAGUU